UCUGAUCAGUCUUGAACGCACCGGGCCACCUGCUAGAUCGUAGCAGCAAAUUACCUACCACCACACAACCAGCCGCGAAACGGUUCGGUUGAUCGCGUGCGCGAAUCAUUUCGGAAGUCUUUGAAAGUUGUUUACAUUUCGGUGCGAUCUUCACGGUGUGAUACAUAAUUUAGUGUGUUUGGUUGACUCUCUAGCAGCAGAAGUGCACCACCAAGGGCAUCACUUUCCACAAGGACGAGGGCGGCGCAAUCUGGCGCUAGUUCGGUGGUGACUGUCGGUGUUUUAAAAUAUCAUUAUCAAUCAAUUUCAAACCCACAAUGAGGCACACGAUAUUCAGCAUAUUAUUAGGUGUAAUCACACUGUCCUCCAACCCCGUGUCUUCCCAGCAAGAAAUUUUCCGAUUGUUUGAGAACUGUCGAUGGGGAAAGCCAAAUUUCGAUCCAUGCAUCAAAAAGGCCUUCAAUGCUCUGAGGCCUUGGUUCAAAACAGGCCUCCCGGAGUACAACGUCGCUCCUUUUGAUCCCCACAAAGCAUCCGUGGUGGAACAGUACCGAGGCGAUCGGGAUGGGCUGGCCGGUUACCAUCUCCAACUGCUAAACGUGUCCGAAUACGGCUGGUCCGAUUCGGAGGUCACCAAGUACAAGACGGACUACAAAAACAAUCGCAUCAUUUACUCGCAGUACUUCCCGGAAAAAUCCUUGGAUGGUCACUACAGCUUCCAGUCGAAAAUGUUGGGCCAAUCGAGAUUGGUGAAAGGUAUCUGGAACCUGACGCUGUACGAUUACAGCCAAACGACGACCGUCACCCGGUUGGGCGAUCAGGGUGGACUGCUGAAGGUACGAGUGGAGAUCGAUCGGAUUGGGGACAUGAAGCUGCACAUAUCGGAUUUGUUUCAUGGGGCGAAGUUUAUCGAAUCCAUCGCCGACUUCGUGAUCAACGCCAUGUGGCAGCCAAGCUUUCCCUUCGUCAAACCGCUGAUCAACGACCUGGUCAGUAUAGCAUUUACGGACAUCUUCAACGAAUCCUUCCGGUACUUCCCGCUUCACAAGGUGAUACAGUAGUAGU